AUGGUUGAUUCCCCCCACUUCCCACAUCAAUAUUAUCAGUCAGGGGACCUAACGAUUGGAUUUAUGGUUACUCAGUAUGGCUACUUAUCUGAUGAACUAUCAUUCAGGGUACAUCCCACAAACGCGUUUCUGGAAGAACUAAAACUUAUUUCAAGGACAAAGAACUACCAGCGUAUCUUGUCCUUGGCAUUUGCUGUCAAGGAGAUAAAUGAGAACCCUGAACUUCUACCAAAUGUCAGCAUUGGCUUCCACAUUUAUGACAGUUAUACAAAUGCAAGGAUGACUCAUCAGAACACCCUGAAACUUCUUUCCAGUCAUAAAACUGUAGUCCCCAACUUCAAAUGCAAUAAGCAGAAGAAUCUGAUGGCCGUCAUUGGAGGACUCGACUCUGAAAUCUCCCUUUACAUGGCUACUCUUUUAGGCAUCUACAAGAUUCCACAGCUUCACUCGUUCUUGCGAAGUAUCUCCUUUAACAACAGUGCUGGUGACAGAGUGUCAUUUGAUGAGAAUGGUGAAUUAGUAUCUGGAUUUGAUAUUGUAAACUGGGUACUUUUCCCAAACAAAUCGUUUUUACGAGUGAAAGUAGGAGGGAUGGAUCCACAGGCUUUACCGGAUCAGAAAUUCACAGUGAAUGAAAAGGCUAUCACAUGGCACAGAAUAUUUAACCAGGUGGUGCCACUUGCCAGAUGUAAUGACCACUGUCAUCCAGGCUACAGCAGAAAAAAGAAGGAGGGGGAGCCAUUUUGUUGUUAUGAUUGCACUCCAUGUCCGGAUGGAAAGAUUUCAGACCAGAAUGAUAUGGACAACUGUUUCCAAUGCCCAGAAGGUCAAUUCUCAAACAAGAACAAAGAUAACUGCCUUCCUAAGACCCUUAACUUUCUCUCUUUCACGGAGCUCUUGGGGACUACUUUAGCCUUCUUUAUUUUGUUUUCUUCUCUAAUCACAGCUGCAGUGCUGGGGAUUUUCAUUAAGAACAAGGACACCCCAAUCGUCAAAGCCAACAAUCGGGAGAUCACCUACUCUCUUCUCAUCUCUCUACUGCUUUGCUUCCUGUGCUCCUUGCUAUUCAUUGGCCGACCUAACAUAGUGACCUGCUAUUUAAGACAAACAGCGUUUGGCAUCAUAUUCUCAGUGGCUGUCUCCUGCAUUUUAGCAAAAACCAUUACUGUGGUUUUGGCUUUCAUGGCCACCAAGCCAGGAUCCAGGAUGAGAAAAUGGGUGGGGAAAAGAUUGGCCAGUUCUGUUCUUCUUGGCUGCUCCACUAUUCAAGCCAUUAUAUGUGCUGUUUGGUUAUGUACUGCUCCUCCAUUUCCACAUUUUGAUAUGCAUUCUCUGACUGAAGAAAUCAUACUGGAAUGCAAUGAAGGGUCUGUGACUCUGUUUUAUUGUGUUCUGGGGUACUUAGGAUUUCUGGCCACUGUCAGCUUCAUUGUGGCUUUUCAGGCCAGGAAGUUGCCAGAUAGUUUCAAUGAAGCCAAGUUCAUCACUUUCAGCAUGUUGGUCUUUUGCAGUGUUUGGUUGUCUUUUGUGCCUUCUUAUUUAAGCACAAAAGGAAAAUACAUGGUAGCUGUGGAGAUCUUCUCCAUUUUGUCCUCUAGUGCUGGGUUACUAGGUUGCAUCUUUGCCCCGAAAUGCUAUAUAAUUAUCUUGAGGCCUUCCUUGAACACAAAGGACCAGCUAAUAAGGAGGAAUAUCUAG